AGAUUACAUAAGGCCCUAAGCCACCAGACAAGAAUCGUGUUUGCUCUACCACAUCGAGGUCUCAAGUUCAGGGAACCUCUGAGUCUUGUUACCGCGCCUCAGCUAGGAAAAUGGAUUCAUGCGUUGCCCGCUCGCCAUCGCCUGCUACUAGAAUGCGCGCUCUGAGUCUUGCCAGCACCACAUCCUCAGCCAGUAUUUCUACCAGGGUUUCCGAAGAUGCUACAAUCACUGGGUCGUGCAUCCUAGACAAAGGAAAACAGCGCAGUCAAGAAGAUCUCCAAUUUCUGGUCAUUUCGUCGCAGUUAACGGAAUUAUCGUACCGUAUAUCUGAUCUCCAGACGCGUAUAUUUGAGAUACAGGAGUUGAGGCAUCAAGAUUACGGCUCUAACGCAGUCAAUGGGGCAUCCUCUUCUUCGUCCCUUUCAUCUGUUAUUGAUCAGGCUUUAUUGAGACUGGAUGAGCGCCUGGAAGUCAUCGCACGAGGCAUACACUCCGUUAAUUCACUCGUGGAGACUCGCAAACUGGGAGACAGUUUCGAUGAAGGUCCUUCCAGCGGCGAAGCGGAAACUGUGGAUGCUGUGUUACGGCAAAAACAAGCCACUGUCAGUGCCGAGUGGGUUUCAAUUCAAGCCGAUGUAAGCAAUUUGCGUGAUGAACUGAAGGAAGACAAGUGGCUUGCUGUAUUCCGUAACGCAAGCGAUCAAGCUGAUGGAAUGAUGAGCUCUCUUGAAAAAGUCGUAAAUCAAUGCGAUAACUUUGUUCUGAUGGUAAAUAAACACCGUCAAAAUGAAGACAACCAUUCCCAGACGUCCUCAGGGCUUUCCACUCUCUCCGACCGAUAUUCAGCCUUUCUCAAUCUGCAUAGCGAACUAGACAAAGCUCUCCAUGCUAAAAAAAAAUACUAUGUUCCCUCAGUCUCAAAAGUCCUCUCUGUCUUGGAUAAAGGUGUUCGCGACCGUGUCACGAAGAAUGGGGAAUGCCUUCGGCGACACGCUGAUAUGAGAGAAAAGUGGCGAAGUUUGCGUGAUCGAAUAUCAACCACCGGAGCAGAUAUGGAGUCCGUAAGGACAUACCUCACAGACCAAGAUUUCGAUCCAAGUGAGGGAUCCCUGAUGUCGAGUCCAUCUCUGGUGCCGAAAGGAACGCCGCUUACACAAAGUAGAGCAGCUUCCUCAUCGUCAAUCAUGAGCAGAUCCGUUUCUCCUUUCCGAAAGCUGGCGGCGAGGAUCGCACGUUCGGCCCAAAGAGGGCUAGUAACGCCCAGUCGCAACGCCACUGGGCCACCUCUUCCCUCGAGUGAGCCCACUCUACGACAUCGGAGCUCCCUUUUCACACUGAAGAAAACUUCGGCCCUGGAUUCAAAGCAUAAGUACAGUAGCAGCGCACAAUUGUCAACCCCCUCUCCGGAUUAUCGCAAUGAAACCAUAAAGCAGACGAAACCAAGAUGGAAUUUCUCUACUCAGCCCAAUCGUGGCUCCUCGUCGCUUGAUCCCAAACUAUCCGAUAAAUCGAGAAUAGCGCUAACUCCCCCGCACCCCACCCGAUCAAUACACGCUACUCCCAGGAGUCUUUCCAGGCUAUCCCAAUAUACGUCGAGCAAGCCCCCAGUCCCUCCCCGAUCGGCCUUCCGGGAAGUCUCACAGACGGUAACGUCACUCCGUCCCCUUUCACGCCAAGCUCAGCCCCGAGCCGAAUCUAGGUGUGGUCACCCGCGCCCUAUUACCCCAAGCCACAUACCUGCACCAAGAGCUGCAACUCAUGCCGACCCUUCCACGGGGAUAUCAUCUCCUGUCUCAAGUCUCACCCCAUCACCAAAUACAACUCCGCAGGAGAAAGAUAGAAAGUCACGACGCCCAUCUUUACUGCCUGUUCCACGUGGCGGAUUACGAGCUUCUUCUCCGGGUUUAGACUGCUCCAUUAGCCCAAGCCCUUCCGCUAUUAACUCAGUGUCGUAUUUUGCCUCCACAUCAGAACAUCCCGACGGACAAUCCAAUAGUCUUCAGGCUCCAUUGCUUACUUUUGGGAGCAACAGGGCCGUUUCACGUAACAGCCUUCGCUAUGGGCCACCAUCCAGUUAUCGCGAUUUGCCGUACUCGAUGUCAUCUCGACCUUCAUCACGUUCAAGCAACGUGAAUCGCGUGUUCACACCAGGAGCCGAACCAACUGGACUAGAGAAAUAUCUCAUUGGGAAUCCCCGCGAUCCUCUGGAUGUUGAAGUCGCUCGCGUUGUCAACUCCUUUCCUCACGAUUUCUUUGUCGAGCGUGUUGACCCCCAUAACCGCACGGUCCCUUCACCCGGAGAAGAGAUAAAAGCCCAAUAUGCUUUUUCGAACUCACUGGGAAGAAAGGUUCUUGCAUGCCGCCUGCUGAUAAUCAAUCGCUCAAAUCCCAAAUCUAUUGUGAGCCACGUCGAGACGAGAAAAGUAAUGUGCAGAGUAGGAGGAGGAUGGCAGGAUCUGGAUGUUUACCUCCGCACUCAUCGAUAGGUCAUUGUUCUUUCAACGCGAAGCCAAUUGCUCGAGAUAGACUCAGCAUGAAGUGAGAAGAUACUAUUUACUCGGCUUGCGCAUUGGAUGCUGGCGAAUUUUCCUGCGGCUGCUGACGUAGCAUAUCACCAGUAUCACGAUGUUGAGAGUUUCAAACAUGUUCCACGAAUGCCAUCUCCACUCCAUCUUGCCGCCUCCACAAGUAAUUCGUGCUUCUUAAUGGAUGCUGUGGAGGAUCUCAAUUCAUAUAAGGUUGCUA